AUGGCGGUUGAUAACGACAUACCGACCGAAAGUGAUGCCGACAAUGAACGUCAUAUGAAAAAUGUCUAUUUAGAGAUGGCAAAAAUUACACGACGUGCCGCUGCCUCGUCGUCAUCAACGUUGUCGUCGAUAAAAUCAACUACAUCAUCGGACACUUCAAGGUCAUCAACAGCAACGAGUUCUUCCACUUCCAAGGCUUCCAAAUCGACUGUUAAGGCAAGUGCAACAAUAAUAAAAACAACAACGAAUGCCAAUCAAAUUGUCAAUGGCGUUAAGCCGGCACGUUUGGCUGCAACGGAUAUGUUGGACAAACUGGCCAUGCCACUCAUUGCAUUUACUGAUACUUCUAUACUUCGCAAAAAUGGCGGCAAUGCAGCUCGCGCCAAACAAUUUGCGACAAAUGGGAAUAGCGGCGCCUUACCUAACACGAAUACAACGACGACGACGACUGGUACCGCAUUCGUAUACGACGCCGCAAAUGAGCCCAUGCAAUAUACGGGCAAGGGCC